AAAUUGCAUGUUACUCCACGACAACGGCGAAACUCCGUUUACGUUGGAUCGAAUUUCUGUCCAGAAAUCCCUGAAAAUUCCAAAUCUCCUUUCAAUCUCAUCUCUCUCAGACAAAAUCCAAUGUAGGAUUUCUAUUUCUCAGAAAUCUCGAGCUUCUGUUUCUUCAAAACGAGAAUCUGUCUCCCGUUUUUUUGAAAUUAGGGUUAGGGUUUGGGAAUCUUCGCCUUCUCAAAUGCGUUGUUUGAUUGGACUCUCAGCAGAAUGCCGCAAGCUUCGACGUCUACGAGCUCUGCUUACCUAGCUGCUCUUACACAGGAGAUCGAGAAAAAGCUCCAACGGGCACUAGCAUCUCAAUCUCAGCGACUCAACUUGUUGCAGGAGCUGUUUGCGGAUAUAGCUUUAGAGGUUGAUGUUCGAGCUAGGGACAUAAUUCUUAGCAGCGAUGAAGAGGAGGUUACUUUAGCAGAGGAUGGAAUCUCUAGCUGCUUGUGCUUUUACGACGUGCUUGCUGACCACUAUGUUAGGAUGCCUGAAAAUGGAAAACCUAUCCUUGAUUUAAUUGUGCAACUUUGGAGCCAGUCUUUUGCAUCUCAUAUAUUUGCCCUCCUUUUUCACAAAUGGUUAUUUGAAGUGCCACUUGAAAAUUCAGAAGCCCUCCUUCGAUAUGCAUCAGCGCUUGUUCAAGGUGCUACAAAUGUUUUCUGGAUUGACAUCCAAACAAACACAAGACGUUUCAUCUCUUUGUUCCGCUAUCUACUUGAGGAGGUUGCACUGGUACCAACAUGCUUAAAUAAAAUAUCCUUGCAGGUCUGCAUAAUUCGCUUCUUCUACUCUCUCUUGGUCAAAAUGAUUAUGUUGCUGUUUAUGGUUCUCUCAGCAGCACAGGCCCAAAGGGAUCUCUGUCUUCUACUUUCCAGGUUUUUCUUCUUUUACAACUUAGAUACAGUUGACAAGCUUGAAACUUUUCUAAAGCAAUUUCCCGUCUUCCCAAAUUCCUUCUUGGUCGGAGGUCCAGCAGACAUUUUUGUUAUUGAGCUUACAGAUCAGCUUCAAAAGCUGAAGGUGGAGCCAGUAUUACUACAUUACCUGUUACAAAUGCGAGCCCUCCAGGGAUUGGAGCUGAGGAUGACAACAAGUACACGGUUGAAGGCAUGCCUCUAUAGCUUCACAUCUCCUGGUGGUCCAAUGUAUCCAACAAGAGCUGUUCGUCAUGCAGCCUGGGAUGCGUUGGAUUUUCUCUUCCCGGUGGGACAGUAUCCCCGUCAUCUCAUAAGCCUCUUCUUCCGGUUGCUCUACCCCUGGUAUUGGCCAUCAUCCUGUUGGAAUUUCAUCAUGUCUUGCAUCAGGGCGGUUUUCUACUCCAUCCUAAGGUUGAUCUUCUCUAGUUGGGACAAUCUGAGGAAACCCAAAAGCACCUAAAUCGUGAAAAAUCAAAAUGAGGAUUCGAUUCAUUCUCUCCUCUUCCUCUAUGCAAAGGCCGGCUAGUUGUCUCCAUGGAUGAUUUAACAUUUAUAUUCCAUUAUUGUGUGUUUUUUGGUUCAUAGCCUCCAUAUACCCUUUCUCAUUGGCUGUCUUUUAGGCUGGUUGUUUCAUGCUCUAGUUUUGCCAGAAUUCAAGUGCAGCUGCCCCUUUCAAAACUGUUCAGUUGUAGACCAAACUUUUCCAUACUUCUUCAUUGCUGGUCAUUACAAAUGUUAGCAAUGUUCUUGAUUGCAACUGGUCGAACUCAGACGAGGUAGGAUUUUAUGUGUAAACCUUACCAGCUUUUCUAGAUUGUACCUGCUUGGAACUAGGACAUUGUGGGGAUUGAUAGAUCUUCAAAGCUGAAUGCUAAAGGGGCAAAUCAUCUGUAUCUACUGAGGCAUUUAACAAUGAGGGAUUAUAUGAUGAGAAAAACUUCGAUUCUCUGGCAGGGUGAGAUA